AUGAGUCUGCUUCUUCGCAUGUCAACUUGGUCAGCGAUUCAAGCCGUAUCAAGGAACACCACCGUCAAGGAAUUUGUUGAAAAUCGAGCACAAGAAUCCGAGCAAUCACAAGGCAUAUCAACGAUGUCAAAUGAUGCUGGUUUUUAUGCGCAAUUUCGAAGCCUGUCCAUUCAGAUGACAACUCCACCGACAACUCUCUCGCUCUCAUGA